AUGGCCCCCAGGAAGAAUGCGCAGUCCACCACUGCAGAGCUCUCGCUCGUCCACCUGAAGAACUGCUUGGUCAACCUUCCGCCGUCGCUGGUGUCCCUGCUCCUCGAUCUGAACACUCCCGUCCAAAAUGUCAUCGUCGAGCUUGCUUACAAGCCUGCUUCCUCCUCUUCCUCCUCGGGCGGCCAACCGCCAUCGCCACAGUCCAUUUUCGUGGGUUGGACGGGCAUGCCCAGCAGGAGACGGGCGGCGCCGCUCGUGACCCGCGAUGGAAUCAGCGGCAGUCGAGGUUCCCGAGACCAGGAGAUCCAGGUCGUCGAAAUCGAUGCGACGCUGGCAAACACCUUGGACCUCCACGACGGUCAAAAGGUCACCGCCACGGUUCACGUCGAUCCGCCCGUCGCACACACCAUCAGCAUUGAGCCACUGACUCCUGAGGAUUGGGAGAUGAUUGAGCUGCAUGCUACGUUCCUCGAACUCAACCUCCAAUCGCAAAUCCGAGCCCUUCCAAAUCCUGAAUACAACAGUGGCAGAACAACACAUCCGCUAACAUUGCAUCUGUCACCCACAUCUACCGCCAGCAUCAAGGUGGUGUCCUUGGAUCCUGCGCCCCCGGUCGACUUGGCCUUUGUCAAGCUGUCACCCAACGCCGAGGUCAUCGUCGCUCCAAAAGUGAGAGCCAAGACCUCUCAGGCCAGCGGCGACCACCGCAGCGUCGCCAGCACCUCCAAGUCCAGACGCAGCGGGGGAAGCACGAUGCGAAGAAGAAGCGCGAGGGAGGAGUCGAAGCCUGCCGCGUUUUUUCGAGCCGUUGAACGGUCCGCCUGCCAGGAAUGGUUCGAUGAUGGGCUGCUGAGUCCCGACAUUAGCAUUUGGGUUGACCGCGAUCACCUACUCUCGAGCUCGUUCAGAGGCGUUGCAUACGUCGUUGUCGACGUUAUCAAGCCAGCAGGUCUGCAGAAACCCCAGGCUGAGGAUGGCACCGCGCUGCCGGUCUCAAUAGUCUCGUCAAAGGUUGUGGCACGCUUAAAACCCUGGGAUGACCCGCCUGAUGGUCAAACGGCAGCUCUCUCGUCUCCUCUGUGUGCCGUUCUGGGUUGCCCGGGCAUUGUUGGCGGCGUGGUCAAGAUACAGGCCGCACCACCACCUCUUCCUAAAGGGGCUGUGCAGAGCGUCAAGGUGUUCCCCUUUGCGACUGGGUCAAAGACGAAUGAAGGUCUCAAGUUCGGCAGUGACUCCAAGGCGGAGAAGGAGGAAUCAGCCAAGCGUUUCAGACACAUGUAUUCCGGCGCGAGUAAUGCCGAGGGCUUGCUACAAGGACCCAUCACCGACGGCAUGGUUGUCGGAGUCUACAGCGAAUUGGAGGCGCCUCAAGGUUGGCAAGGCGGCUUCAUCAGGUUUGAGUACGCCGCCGAAUAUGCCGCCCAAGAACCUGGCAAGGACGCAACGUAUUGGGCUGCCGGCUUGGACGAGAAGACGCAAAUCGAAUUCCACCAGCCGCAGGCCCGACCGCCUUGGAUUGCCCACACAGACGUCUUUGACUUGCUGCCAAAGAACGGCUCUCUCUUGGUUGGAAUAGACUCACUGCUUGAGAAUGUGCAAAAGCAACUAUCCCACCUCUCAUCGGUCCUACUGACGGGUGGCAUGGGUUCUGGCAAGACAUCAGUGGCAAAGCACAUGGCCGAGAAGUUGCGCCAGGAACUGUUGUUUCACAGCAUUUAUUUCUCAUGCCGGAAACUGGUAAACGACGAAACGAGAAUUUCAACCAUCAAGGAGACCCUCACCCGCAUCUUCAUGUCGGCAAGCUGGGGGGCAAGGCUAGGGGGCAGGGCUGUCGUAGUUCUGGAUGACCUGGACAAGUUGUGUCCCGUGGAGACAGAACUCCAAGUGGGCAACGACAAUGGCCGGAGCAGACAGGUCAGCGAGACCAUUCGCUCCAUUGUCAGGCAGUUUUGCACCAGAGAUGGUGGAAUCGUCUUGCUCGCCACAGCCGCAGGCAAAGACUCUCUCAACAACGUCGUUGUAAGCGGCCACGUGAUUCGAGAAAUCGUCGAGCUCAAGGCGCCUGACAGGGAGGCGAGAAGGAGGGUAAUGGAAUACAUUGCGCGACAAGGCUCCAUGGCAGACAAGGACCCAGACGGCUCGGACAGCAACCUCAGCCGUCCACCAACGUCUGAUGGCGGCACAAUGGGCGACGACACUGAAGCGUGGUUGCACGGCUCAGACGCGGAGAAGAGGCCAAAGCCCAAAUCCGCCGGCUUCGUCAUCGACUCGGACCUCGACUUUCUCGACGUGGCGGGCUUGACCGACGGAUACAUGCCGGGCGAUUUGAGCGUCCUCGUGGCUCGAGCCCGGAACGAAGCCGUUAUCCGUUGCAUUGCCGAAUCACCACCCGAUGCCACUGAUGGCGCCGUUCGCCUGAGCCGCGUCGACUUUGACCGUGCGUUGAAGGGAUUCACCCCAGCUCCCCUUCGCAACGUUGCGCUGCAGAGCUCCAAGACGACGUUCGAGUCCAUCGGAGGCCUGCACGAGACACGCCGUGUCUUGUUGGAAACGCUCGAAUACCCCACGAGAUACGCCCCCAUCUUUGCCCAGUGCCCUCUCCGUCUGCGGUCCGGUCUCUUGUUGUAUGGCUAUCCUGGCUGCGGCAAGACUCUGCUGGCAAGUGCCGUGGCCGGCGAGUGCGGGCUCAACUUCAUCAGCGUCAAGGGUCCGGAGAUCCUGAACAAGUACAUCGGUGCCUCGGAGAAGAGCGUCCGCGACCUGUUUGAUCGCGCCCAAGCGGCCAAGCCGUGCGUGCUCUUCUUUGACGAGUUCGACUCCAUCGCCCCCAAGAGGGGACACGACUCGACCGGCGUCACGGAUCGGGUCGUCAACCAGCUGCUCACGCAGAUGGAUGGCGCAGAGGGCCUGUCGGGCGUCUACGUCCUUGCGGCCACGUCGCGUCCCGACCUCAUUGACCCUGCUCUCCUUCGCCCCGGGCGUCUCGACAAGUCCCUUCUCUGCGACCUUCCCUCGGCGGAGGAUCGCCUCGACAUCAUCAAGGCCCUCUUGCAGAGAGUCAGGCUGUCGAGUGGACUCACCGACUCGGACGAUGGCUUGGCGGAAAUGGCCCGUCGCACCCACGGUUUCUCGGGCGCCGACUUGCAGGCUCUCGUCUCCAACGCCCAGCUAGAGGCCAUCCACGACGUUCUCGACGCCGACGCCCCCGCGGCCAGCUCCCGCAGCAGAAGCGGCAACAAAAGCAACUCUGCCGGCGGCAGCAGCUCCUCCACGACGCCCAGCUUUGUCCAGUUCCGCUACGGCGCCGACCCGGCCCCCGGCGGGGACGACGCUUCGCCGAGUAAAUCUGCCUCCCUUAUCGAAGACGCAUCCAUCAUGUCCAGACUGGAGCAGAUCAAGCUCGCCCGCAAAAAGGCCAAGCAAGCAAGGAAGGGCCACUAUGCGCCGGAAUCGUCCGAGAGCAAGGAGUCGCCGUGGACCGCCGAGGAGCAUCGAGAAGUCGUCAUCGGGUGGGAGCACUUGGUCAAGGCCCUCGACAAGACGAGAGCAAGUAUUAGCGAUGACGAAAAGGCUCGUCUACGGAGAAUCUACCACGAGUUUGUCGUCGGCAGAAGCGGCCGGAUGAGAGACGGACAGGGCAGCAUGGAAAUUGGCGGACGCAGUAGUCUGAUGUAG